AUGCCUAUAGCAGUGUCGCCCGAGAGACCACGAACUGGUGUUACUCGUAUCACCGGAGGCCGCAUGGUCAAAGGCGAUCAACUGGUUGAAGGCGAUUUAUGGAUAUCCUCCGUGACUGGCAAGAUCCUGCACAGCCAGGAGGUCUUCUACGAACAUCAUGUCGUGCCAGACGAGAUCGUCGAUCUAAAGGGCAAGAUUCUCGCACCUGGGUUCAUCGACGUGCAGUUCAACGGCGCGUUCGGAUUCGACUUCUCCACUAUACCAGAAGACAUGGACACGUAUGCGAAAGGCGUGAAGACGUUGAACAGACAUCUGGUCAGGACUGGUGUCACAAGCUAUCUGCCUACAUUACCGAGCCAGCUGCCACAGGUGUAUCACAAAGCACUACCUCAUCUUGGGCCGAGUGGUCACAGUAGAAGUGCGAUGGAGGGGUCAGAAAGUCUUGGGGCACAUUGCGAAGGACCGUUCCUGUCGCCUACGAAACAAGGCAUACACAGUCUGGAAGUGCUACGAGAAGCAAAGCAUGGAUUUCAAGACUUUGAGGACUGCUAUGGCAACGAGAACCUGUUGGAGUACCGAAGAUCUCCUAUCACAAUGAUCACCGCGGCACCUGAGGUAUCCGGCGUGAGUGGACUUAUUCCGGAGGUCGCGCGACGAGGCAUUGUUUUUGCCCUCGGACACACCGAAGCAACCUAUGAGCAAGCUGGUGAGGCAGUUGAGCAAGGAGCAACCAUGAUCACUCACCUGUUCAAUGCUAUGCGACCAUUGCAUCACCGCAAUCCGGGUAUCUUCGGCGUGCUAGGCAAAGCAGAAGAGAAGAAACGUCCAUAUUUUGGCAUCAUAGCUGACGGAGUUCAUCUUCACUCCACUACUGUCAAGAUUGCCUGGAACGCAUAUCCAGAUGGCUUCAUUCUCGUUACCGAUGCAAUGAAGACGGUUGGCCAGCCGGACGGCAUCUAUGACUGGACAAAUGGCGACCGCUUCGAGAAAAAGGGGACGCUGCUCACCCGCGAAGGCUCGGAUGUCAUCGCAGGCUCUUGUGCAACACUGAUCGAGUGUGUAAGCAACUUCUGGACAUGGACGCACGCAUCGAUUCCAGACGUCAUCAAGACUGUGACAUACACACCCGCCAAGAUGCUUGGUUUGGAGAAGCGGAAAGGCGUGCUGGAGGCCGAUGCUGAUGCUGAUCUGCUCGUGCUCGAUGUGAGAGAAGAAGCAGAUGGCAGGCGGGUGUUUGAGGUUGACCAGGUGUGGAAAUUUGGUCUAAAGGUCCACGACCGGCAGAACGAGCGAAUUGGUCUCUAA